GCGCGCUUUGGGCUGCCACUCUCCCUGCCCGCCCCUAGUUCUUCCGCCAAAACCUUUGACCAGAGUCUCCUUGUCAACAUUCUUAAUCUCCUUUGCCAGCUCUUUAAGCCAGACACCCCGGACCUUCCCUGGGCGCCAGCUCCUCGGCUCCAACGGGUCCAGAGACUACUCGGAUUUUUUUUUUUUUUCCUUUCUGGAAAUUGGCUUUGGUGUAUGUUUCCCUACCUCACUCCUCCCCCUCCCAGCCCCCACUUUUUUUUUUUUUUUUUUUUUUGAGACAUGGCUCGGGCAGUGGCUCUUGGAAGAGGAACAAGUGUGGGAAAAGGGAGAGGAAACAGGAGCUAAAUGACAGGAUGCAGGCGACUUGAGACACAAAACGAGAACCGUUUCUCUGGGAUCAAGGCAUUGCCUCGCUGCUUUCCUUCCUCCAAGACCGGCUGGAGGAUUUUACAGCUCUGAGCGGAGUUGCGGCGCUUGGGAUUUUUCAGAGUACUCCCUUUGCUGUAUUUUCCCUGCGCGAUCUCGUUCUCCCGCUUUUGCCUGGAGGUCCGGAGAAGGUAGAAUGGAGAGAGGACUGCUGCUCCUCUGCGCCGCGCUCGCCCUCGCCCUGGCCAGCGCUUUUCGCAACGAUAAAUGUGGUGGUACAAUAAAAAUUGAAAACCCUGGGUAUCUCACAUCUCCUGGUUAUCCUCAUUCUUAUCACCCAAGUGAAAAAUGUGAAUGGCUGAUUCAGGCUCCGUACCCGUACCAGAGAAUUAUGAUAAACUUCAACCCGCACUUCGAUCUGGAGGACAGAGACUGCAAGUAUGACUACGUGGAAGUCAUUGAUGGAGACAACCCAAAUGGACGCUUAUGGGGAAAGUUCUGUGGAAAGAUAGCUCCUUCUCCUGUAGUGUCGUUGGGGCCGUUUCUUUUUAUCAGAUUUGUCUCUGACUAUGAGACCCAUGGCGCAGGAUUUUCCAUACGUUAUGAAAUUUUCAAGAGAGGUCCUGAGUGUUCCCAGAACUACACAACGCCUAGUGGAGUCAUAAAGUCCCCCGGGUUCCCCGAAAAAUAUCCCAACAGCCUGGAAUGCACUUAUAUUAUCUUUGCGCCAAAGAUGUCAGAGAUUCUCCUGGAAUUUGAAAGCUUUGACCUGGAGCCUGACUCCAAUCCUCCAGGGGGGAUAUUCUGUCGCUACGACCGGCUAGAAAUCUGGGACGGAUUUCCCGAAGUUGGCCCUCACAUCGGGCGUUACUGUGGACAGAAAACACCAGGUCGAAUCCGCUCUUCAUCAGGCAUCCUAUCCAUGGUUUUUUAUACUGACAGCGCGAUAGCAAAAGAAGGCUUCUCAGCAAACUAUAGUGUCUUGCAGAGCAGUGUCUCUGAAGAUUUUAAAUGUAUGGAAGCUCUGGGCAUGGAAUCAGGAGAGAUUCAUUCUGACCAGAUCACGGCUUCUUCCCAGUAUAGCACCAACUGGUCUGCAGAACGAUCCCGCCUGAACUACCCUGAGAAUGGGUGGACUCCUGGAGAAGAUUCCUACAGAGAGUGGAUACAGGUAGACUUGGGUCAUCUGCGCUUCAUCACAGCUGUUGGGACACAGGGAGCCAUUUCAAAAGAAACCAAGAAGAAAUAUUACGUCAGGACUUACAGAAUAGACAUUAGCUCCAAUGGGGAAGACUGGAUCACCAUAAAAGAAGGAAAUAAACCUGUCAUCUUUCAGGGGAACACCAACCCCACAGAUGUUGUAUUUGGAAUUUUCCCCAAACCACUGAUAACUCGUUUUGUCCGAAUCAAACCUAUGACUUGGGAAACUGGCAUUUCUAUGAGAUUUGAAGUAUAUGGCUGCAAGAUAACAGAUUAUCCUUGUUCUGGAAUGUUGGGUAUGGUGUCUGGACUCAUUUCUGACUCCCAGAUCACAGCAUCAAACCAAGCAGACAGAAACUGGAUGCCUGAAAAUAUUCGCUUGGUCACCAGUCGCUCCGGCUGGGCACUGCCACCCGCACCUCAUACCUAUGUAAACCAGUGGCUCCAAGUAGACCUGGGGGAAGAGAAGAUCGUGCGGGGCGUCAUCAUUCAGGGUGGGAAGCACCGGGAGAACAAGGUGUUCAUGAGGAAAUUCAAGAUUGGCUACAGCAACAACGGCUCUGACUGGAAAAUGAUCAUGGACGACAGCAAGCGCAAGGCCAAGUCUUUUGAGGGCAACAACAACUAUGACACACCUGAGCUGAGAACUUUUCCACCUCUUUCCACGCGAUUCAUCAGAAUCUACCCCGAGAGAGCCACUCAUGGAGGACUAGGGCUAAGGAUGGAGCUGCUGGGCUGUGAAGUGGAAGUACCUACAGCUGGACCGACCACUCCCAAUGGGAACCCCAUCGAUGAAUGUGAUGACGACCAAGCCAACUGCCACAGUGGAACAGGUGAUGACUUCCAACUCACAGGGGGUACCACUGUGCUGACCACAGAAAAGCCAACAGUAUUAGACAGUACAAUACAAUCAGAGUUUCCAACAUAUGGAUUUAACUGUGAAUUUGGCUGGGGCUCUCACAAGACAUUCUGUCACUGGGAACAUGACAAUCACGUGCAACUGAAAUGGAGUGUGUUGACCAGCAAAACCGGCCCAAUCCAGGAUCAUACAGCAGGAGAUGGCAACUUCAUCUAUUCCCAAGCUGAUGAGAACCAGAAGGGCAAAGUGGCUCGUCUGGUGAGCCCUGUGGUUUAUUCCCAGAACUCAGCCCACUGCCUGACCUUCUGGUACCACAUGUCUGGUUCCCAUGUUGGCACACUGAGGGUCAAGCUACGCUACCAGAAGCCAGAGGAAUAUGACCAGUUGGUCUGGAUGGCUAUUGGGCACCAAGGAGAUCACUGGAAGGAGGGACGUGUUUUGCUUCACAAGUCUCUGAAGCUCUAUCAGGUGAUUUUUGAGGGCGAAAUCGGAAAAGGAAACCUUGGCGGGAUUGCAGUUGAUGACAUUAGUAUUAACAACCACAUUUCACAAGAGGACUGUGCAAAACCUGCAGACCUGGAUAAAAAACACCCAGAAAAUAAAAUUGAUGAAGCAGAAUUACAGCGUCAGCUUCCCAACACCCUCACCUCCCACGCCUCAGUUCCCAACAGUGAAUCAGACAGAGACCUUGGUGGCCACAGGCGAUGGGGGAGCCCAGCUCCACUUCACUCAGCCUCAGCGGGCUCUUGGGAGACUACAGGCAAAGGGAGCACGCCAGGAUACAAAGGCACGGAAGACGGCGAGGAGAACAUCUCAAGGAAGCCAGGCAACGUGUUGAAGACCUUGGACCCCAUCCUCAUCACGAUUAUCGCCAUGAGCGCCCUGGGGGUCCUCCUGGGUGCUGUCUGUGGGGUCGUGCUCUACUGUGCCUGUUGGCACAACGGCAUGUCCGAAAGAAAUUUGUCUGCCCUGGAGAACUAUAACUUUGAACUUGUGGAUGGCGUGAAGUUGAAAAAAGACAAACUGACUACACAGAGUACUUACUCAGAGGCAUGAAGGCAUGUGGAGAGGAAAAGACCGUGGGGGAAUUGCAGUGGAAGGAUGGAACUUGAGCGUGCUGGGGAACUGUGGAUCUUCUCUUACUGUACAAGCUGGGAAGUGCGUGGAGGACGCCGAGCCAGGCUUUUCUCAGGAGCUUCAAUGAGUAUAGCCGACAGACGUGGACAAGUGAGCUGUGUUAACAAUCGGAAUCAUGUACAGUCCGUUUUUUUUCUGUUGGUUUCAAUUGGAUAAUCAGAUGCUGGUAUUGAGACCAAGUAUGAUUGACGUAAUGAUUCAUUUUCAACUCCCCCCUUCUCUCUCUCCUUUCCCUUUCAUGGAUUCUUUUUGGAAACUGCAAAAUCCAAGAUGCUGGCACCAAGUGUAUUCAGUGGGGCCCUUUUGAUGGACAUGCUACCUUUAGCCCAGUGCCCAGGAUAUAUUAGAAUAACUGCAUUUCCAUGGACCCCUGCAGCUGUACUUGUGUAUAAUUGGCCACAUUGUGCAUAGGCAAAGAAGAAUUAGGAUGUUUUCUUUUAAAAGUACUGUAGCCUCGGUACCAGUAUAGUGUGUCAGCUCUCUUUACGAAGCAAUACCGUCAAAUUUUCUUGAUGUUUUCCAGUGUUGUACUAAACCUCGUGCUUGUGAACUCCAUGCAGAAAACUGUGCCAUCACCAAACAGUGCUGGCAACUGGGUGUGCUGCCGACAACCGAAACGAAAACUCCUUGGCACUGGCUAGUCUCUGUCCUCUCAAGUGCCUUUUUGUUUCUACUGGUUCUCAUUGUGUUACAUUAACAACCUACUCUGGUUCUCGCUGGUGAAACCCUGGUGGCCCACUGACUAAGAAGAAAGUAUAUUUUAGUGUGAGAUGUCAACCCCCGGGAAGGCAAGGGCUCCGAAGACUUGGCAAUGUGGCUUACUUGUUCUGCUUUUUUCUGUAGUUCAAUUUCCUGUCUCUUGACCCUUUUGUAUAAAGCUGCAAUAUUCUCUUAUUGUCCUUUCACAUGGAAUGUAUUUUCAGAUGUAAACGCUUUCUCUCUCUCUCUUAUCUCUCUGUCUUUUUUUCUCUCUUAGAAUUUAAGCAUUUGCCAUUGUCCAGAAAAGAAACUUGCAGCUUUAACCUUGCUGGGAAUGGCAAACAAUUUUACUAGACUUUAUGUUUUAAAAUAAGUAAAUAAGGGAAAUUCCUAACUUUGCCCUCCAAAGUCUAACUUUGGUUUUCUUGUUAACUGGUUAAAGUGACAGUAUCUUUUUUCCUGAAGCCAUUUGUCUGUCUAUCCUGAUCAAAAUGCUCAUUGAUAACAAUGUUUGAAUUUAAUAGAAAUAGUGAUAAAUUGAGGGAAAGAAUAAUAUUAAUUGGUUUUCAAGUACGACUUGAAGGAAGGGCUGAGUAAAACUUUCUAAAUACACACACACAAAAAAAUUGAGAUUUUACAUCCAAGUAUGCAAAAAAUGGCCCCUGUGAACAUUCUGAUUUGGGUAUUGAGUAAAACAAGGGAGGUGGAGGGAAGAACAGUCCAUUUAAGAAAGAAACUAUAAAUCCUGGUGCCUGGAGGUGAACUCUUUUAAGAUAAGAGAGGGGAAGAUGAGCAAAGUUAAAUGUUUAAAAUAAUCCAUUCGGCAGCAACCCUGAAAAAAACAGGAACUUGAAUGAAUGCUUCUAGAGGUAUUUCCAAUGGCUCAUGAUGGCCAUGAAGAAAAGGCGGGACUUGGGCUGGCAAGACCUAAGUCUCUAACAGCAGAACAAAGUAAAUACCACAUCAAGGCAGUGUGUGAAUCAACCCAAAGAAGCUUUGGUUGAUUUCAGUGUAUCUGCAUCAGGCCCUGUGGUGCAGGAUAAUUUUUAGACUGUCCUCCUAAAGCACUUAUGGGAGCCACAUUUCACAUUUGCACCAUAGUCAAGACAAUGCAUUCAUCUUGGCGUAACUGCAUUGAGAAUGCCUUUUGUUUCUGGGAAAGUAUUGAUUACUAUGAAAGAAGUUGUUUGUUUUUUUUUUUCCCCAGAAGCAUUCAUUCAGUGGUUAUAAUCAUACCAGGAAGAAAACACUAAGCAAGACUUGAUUUUCUUUUUCCCAAAGGCAACGGACUUAAUGUCCCUCAACCAAGGAAAAACGAUACUGCAACUUUAAAUUUUAAAAGUAUCUUGCACUGAUAAAUAUAUUUAAAAAUUAUAUGUUUAUAAAGUUAUUAAUUUGUAAAGGCAGUGUUACAAAAUGUUCAGUUUAUAUUGUUUUAGAUUGUUUCGUAAUUUUUAAAGGUAUAAAAUAACAUAUUUUUUUCUUUAUUGAAAUCUAUAAAAAAAACUUUCUGUAGUAAAAUGUUUUCAUUUUACUGGUAUAUUAUUGCUUCAUGUUUUGUACCAUCAUAAAAUUUUGUGCAAAUUUUUUUUACAGAAAUUUUUAUUUUCUAUGACAAUAUGACACUUGUAAAUUGUUGUUUCAAAAUGAACAGCAAAGCCUUAACUUUAAAUGACAUUUGUAUUCUCAGACACUGAGUAGCAUAAGACCCACAUAGAACUGAAUUGUAACUUAAAUUCCAAACUAUGACUACUACAUUCCAAAGAAACAGUUGAAUUAAACAUUUUCAUAAAAUA